AUGGCCUCCGUUCGCCAGGCCUGUCGACCAAGACAUCAGGUCCUAACGCUGAAAUGCUAUCCGCAAUACCAAAAGGGUGUGGUCGAAGUCAAGCCGAACCCGAGCGAGCUCUCAUAUCUGCUGUAUUACCUGAGCACGCGUCGCAGCAAGCUGACCAAGGUCGGGGCUUUUCUCACGAAACGAGUCUCCAAAGACGUCUGGAGACGCAGAUUAGGGAAUGUUCAAGUCGCGCUUCACAUCCUCACUGCGCUCAUUGAAAAAUGCCCGCGCGACCUGCCCAUCUACGCGCGCUUCGUCUUAACCGUUAUCGAAACCGUAUUGCGAUCGAACGAUAUUUCCAUGGUCGAGGACUCCGUUGCGACAUUCGAGACCUUCUGUCAGCAUCAAGAUAUCGCAAUUAUCGCCGCGGAACAGACUCUUGCCCAACAAUAUCGUGAAGUCGUGAAGGCAUACGCCAGUUUCGCUGAUCCAGCCUCCUCAACGUACUCCCCGACUAAGGUUAGCCUUCCGGUUGCGAUUCGGUGGAGAAAUGCCGGUCUGCGCGCGAUCAAAGGUGUCGUCAGCUCGGAGAGCCUUGCCGCCGAUGGAGGGACAUCUUUGCAGCUCAUUUUACCUGUGAUCUUGGAAAAUCUCUACUCGGAAAACGAAGAUGUCUUGAUACAGCUGAAGCAGAUGUAUCUUGAUUCCGAGAAGAUUGAAAAUGAUGGUACUCGACCACCCCGCCGAAUGAGUGUUACAACGGUUCAUACGGUGGACACAGUUGAAGGUGAUCCUACAUCCGCCGCACAGUCAACCGCCGACGCCGAUAAAAAGGCAGAGAUGGAUGCGCGGCUGCUGGCACUCCGCUGCCUGGAGAAAAUAAUCAUAUCUGGAAGCAACCGCGGCCAGAUUCGCCUUGCGGCAUCCGUCACUCUACAAUUCAUUGCCGGCAAACGAUUUCCACAGGCUACUCGGGGUGAAUCCAGCACUGGGAAGAACGGCGGGAACUGGGCCACUUCUCUUAUUGAGUUGAUUGCAAACUGGUGCCCGGUUCAGGUGCGAUUUGUCAUUUUGGUGGCUGCAAUGGACAUCCUUCACGAUAUGAAGCCAACGGAGGAUGCCUUGUAUUCGUCUUUCACCAUUCUCUCUGUGGUGGACUGGCUACUCAAAUCAUCAGUUAACAUGAUUGGAUUGAGUGUUAUGGAUGUCCUUUUUGGCCUGAUUCACUACAUUACCGCUGUUCUAUCACCUGCCAAUCAAACUAGCGGUGUAAGCCAAGAAAAGAACGAGGAAUAUCAGGGCGACGCGGGCGUGUCCAUCUCUCCCCAAAAGGAGAAGCCUUCUCACCUUGUCGCGGAUAUGAUACGCGCAAUUCUGAAGCGCUUCAAGCCCUCCGCAAAUAUCGAUAGUGCUGCGCAGUCUUCUUUAGCUACGGUUCACGAAACAGGUGUAUCUCCCACCACCGACACAGCUCAAACAGGAGAUAUUACUGGAGAGAAGACCCAGGCAGAGAGUUUCUCUCAUUCUGCCGCCAAGGUAACUGCGCUACGUGCCAUCAAGGCCAUUCUAGUGGUUUCUACUCUGAGAACACCAAGCACGUCAAGUGCCUCCGAUUCCAGGAAUCAGGCGGGCAUCCACAUUUGGGAAGGGACACAAGGCCUUCUACGGGACUCCGAUCAUCAAGUUCGCCGUGCGUAUGCGGAUGCUUUUCUAACUUGGCUCUCGCUUGAGACGAACGAGCGCGAUCUCAAGGUACGAGUGGAUAUCCCGAAGUACAUUAAGCCGACAUCAAAACGCGAGACCGAGCAGCCGGACAAGUUGAAUCGGCGUAGCACCUCAGCUCCGGGUAACCAACGAGAGAAGGUGGCCCUCGCUGCACAGUCAACAUUCCUUCGUUUGCUGCACCUAGCUAUCUAUGAUGCUGCUCUCGAAAAGCCGACCAUCGAGUCUGACAUCCUUAUCCUUCAUCUCCUCCUGACAAGCCUUGUUGAGAAUCUUGGAGUGAAUGCGGUACAAUAUGGGCUCCCCAUGGUACUAAAACUACAGGAGGACCUGUUCACUUCCGUGGACCUGGGCAGCUUCGCAGCCCGUGUCAAUGUCGGUAGCCUGGUUCUUGGGUAUCUCUCGGCAGUGUCAGAGAAGUUCAAUCUCGAAUCCACUCAUGCCGGAGUCGAGAUUCGCAACGAGAUCGAGAAGAGGCAAAGCAAGAGUCAAUAUUUCUCUAAGAUUAAAUUGCCCCCGACUACUCUAGAUGGUAUCGCCGUGGAUGAUCAAGUGCCUAUCCACGACGAGUCAGCGCCAUCGGUCACGCUGACGCCUUUCCGAAACGUCGAUGAUCUUGUUAAUGGGAUUGACGAAGCAUACCGUCAAUCAAUCUCCUCCCCGCCACAGAGUCCCCCGACCUCCCCUCCCGCAAGGGGCUUCAGCUUCCCGGUCCUCAACCAUGCCUCAGUUGCAGCGCAAACUCAGCCAGACAGCGGUCUCCCGCCACCCGUCAAGGAGCAAAUGCUCUCAUCUUGGUCCCGUGAAUCCUGUCUUGCUGCCGUGGAAAAGGAAAGCAUCAAGACUCUAUCUAUCAGCGGCUCGCGCGGAGGUACCAUGGCUCGUGCCAGUCAGGGCAAUGGCGUCGCAAAUGGCUCUCCUGCAGGCUCAGCUUCGAAUAAACACCGUCGCACGAGCGUCCCCGAAAUAUCGCUUACUUCGGAGCCUAGCUCCACUAGAGGGUCUCCCGUUCGUGUCACUGAGCUGCGUCGAGUGUUAUCGGUGAAUCACGACUCUCAGCCCCGAAAACUCAGCCCACUGCGUGGUCAGCUCGAUGCCUCGAAUGAGAGUGUCAUUUCCUCUGGUAGCGAGAGCAUGGUUAGUGCCUCAUUCUCCGUUUCCGAGGUAGAUGGCGAAGGAUUCCAACAAGAUGGAGACCAAACUCCCGAAGAAGAGGGUGUAGAAACACCACGAGCAUCGGCGUCAGAAAUUGCUCUCUCGGGAGACAAGCACAUACGAGAUAAUAAUGGUCCCACUCUCAGCCGGGUGAACUCCGAUGAAGAUAUCCCGCCGGUUCCCCCCAUCCCCUCGACUCUGCAUAUCCCCGGUGGCUUUCCGAAUGACUCGCAACGGUCACUGAUCUCAAUCGAUCGACCAUCCACUGCCCCCGAUGUCUCGCGCCAGUCCUCGGUCCAGAGUAAGUCGGGACCAAACUCUCGAAACGCAAACCUGACCCGCAACAAAAGUCGAUCCAACAACAACCUAGCCGCCGGCAUCUCAGAAGUAUUCCGCGGUGCCGAGACCAACGGCACCGAUUCCCUCGACCAUGCCCAGAAAGACCAUCUGAGACGCAUUCUGGACGGCUAUCUCUCGCCAGAUGGCAGCAUACUGGCAAACGGAGAUCGCCCAGCAACCGCGGCCCCUGCCUCCAAGUCCCUGGUGGGCGGUGGCUAUAGCAGCAGGCGGCACACUUAA